UUAAAUAUUCUUAGUGAUGAAUUCAGAACAAACCAUUAUAUAAUUUAGUUAAAAAACCACAAAAUAAGUUGGCUUGACUAGACACAUUAAUUUGAUCCUCCAAGGACAAGGAUUAGCCAUCCAACCAAACAAACCGACCAACUUUAUAAAUGGUAACAUCAUCUCUUCUCAGUCUCAAGUCCAAUAAUUAGGUUAUAGGUACUCCCUUUUCUUCAACAGAUAUAAUUUAACAAGCAAUAGCAACCUCAUCCCCUACAAACAAAAACAAAGAAAAGAAACCAAACAACCACCACCCAUCAUCCCCACUCUUCCCUCCCAAUCUCUUCAUCACCCCUUAUAUAAUAUUCACCUCAGAGAAAAACAAACACAAAGAUAGAGAAAGAGAAGCAAACUAAUGGCCAUCACUGGCUUCCUCCCUCCCACUAACCAACACCAAGAGAAGAAGAACAAGAAAAAGAAGAAGAAAAAGAAGUCUCAAACCAAAGAAAUCUCAUCAUGGGAGCAGCUAAAGAACAUUCUCUCAUGCAAGAGCACAGCACCAACUGGUCAACAAGUCCAUGACCCUUCAAAGCCAACCACUAAACCCAUGACUUCAUACUGUGGUUCAUCUCUGUGCGCCAUUCGAGAUGUUGUUCAUGGGAACACAAGGGUCGUUCACCGCGCUGACACCGACCAUUGUUCCGGCUGCUCGUCGUCUCCGGGCUCGAGCUGGCGCCAUGAGACCGUGCCACUGGCCGUGCACUUGGGCUCUGGCUCGAGAGGAGGAAUGCAGCUGAGAAGUCUCUCUGGGUGUUAUGAGGCUCAUGCUGUGUCCAUUGAAUCAGGUUCCAGGAGGUAUCCAAGGUCAAGAGCGUUGUGUGCAUGUCCGGAGUGUGGUGAGGUGUUUACUAAGCUUGAAAGUUUGGAACUCCAUCAAGCUACCAAGCAUGCAGUGUCGGAGCUUGGGGCGGAGGACUCAGGGCGGAACAUCGUCGAAAUCAUCUUCAAAUCGAGCUGGCACCGGCGGCGAAACCUCGCCGCCUGCAUGAUCGAGCGCAUCCUCAAGGUGCACAACAACCACCGCACCCUCGCCCGCUUCGAGGACUACCGCGCCGCCGUUAAGUCCCGUUGGGCCCUAAACCCUAAGAAGCAUCCCCGAUGCGCCGCCGACGGCAACGAACUCCUCCGAUUCCUACCAGCGCCUUUGUCUUGCUCCUUCCGAUCCACCUCCCUCUGCUCCGCCGCCGCGUGCGGUGUCUGCGGGAUCAUCCGCCAUGGAUUCGCGCGGGGGAGAAGCGGGAUCAGGACGAUGGCGAGCAGCGGGCGAGCGCACGAGAUUGGGAGCGCGUAUGAGAUGGGAUCUCGGAGGGCGAUGAUGGUGUGUAGAGUGAUCGCUGGGAGAGUGAAGGAGGCUGCGGCGGAGGAGGAGGAGGAGAUGGGAGGGUUUGAUUCGUUGGCUGAUGACGGUGCGAAUCUCGAGGAGUUGUUUGUUGGGAAUCCCAAGGCAAUCUUGCCUUGUUUUGUUGUGAUCUAUCGGGUGCUGGGCUAGGGCCCAUUUAUUUUUAGGUACAUAUUUGGAAAAUCACUGUGGGGUGUUUGGGCCUGGUAAUAUCCCACUAAUUUUUUUAAUAAAAUUUAAUUAUUUGAAGGUGAAUAUUUAUA